AUGUCAGGCAACGGCCUCUAUGAUGCCGCAGCAGCCGUCGCCGCGUUCAGCCCGUCGGCGUCGACUGCGCCGUCUUCGGCCGACGACAUCACACCGUUCCCUUCUCCCAUGCUCACCCCCCAAUCCAUGGCUGGCCUGUCGCUGUCUUCGGACGGCGAGUGGGAGCACGAGGUCGACGAGCUGCGUGAGGUCACCGACGAAGACCGGGCUGCCGCGCUCGAGCUCAAGGCUCAGGCGAACAAGGCGUACGGGGCCAAAGACUUUGCGCGCUCAAUCGAGCUGUACACCCAGGCCAUCAAGCUCAACCCCCACGACCCCGUCUUUUGGAACAACCGCGCCAUGUCCAAGGCCAAGAUGGAGGAGCACGGUGCAGCCAUUUCCGACGCCACCAAGGCCAUCGAGCUCAAGCCCGACUACGCAAAGGCGUACUACCGCCGCGGUGUGAGCUCGCUCGCUGUCGUUCGCCCCAAGGACGCCGUGCCGGACUUUAAGAAGGCGCUCGAGAUCGAACCCACGAACCGCGUCGUGCGCGAGCAGCUCAACGCGACUGUCAAGCUCAUCAGGAGAAUAGAGUUCGAGAAGGCUAUCUCCGUCGGCGAGACCGAGACUGCAUCGCAGAGGUGUCUGACUGCCAUCUCCCACGGCGCAUGUGGGCUGGACCGCGCCAAGGAAGAAGCGGACGGCAUACCUCUCCCGAUCAUUCCCGAUGACCCCACUGGGCGCUACACCCCGACCAAGGAGUUUGUCGAAGCGAUGAUCGAAACGUUCAAGAAUGGCGGCAAGAUGCCCAAGCGUGUCGUUUGGGAGAUCGUCCUCGGUGUCAAGGCCAUUCUCGACCGCGAGUUGAGCCUAGUGGAGGUGACCGUACCAGAAGGUGUUUCGUGCGACAUCGUCGGCGACACCCACGGCCAGUUCUACGACGUGUACAACCUUCUCAGCAUCAUCACCCCGCCAUCGGAGAACCACAUGAUUGUCUUCAAUGGCGACUUUGUUGACCGCGGCUCGUGGUCGAUCGAGGUCGUCCUCACCUUGUUCGCCUACAAGUGGCUUUACCCCGACCGCGUGUUCCUCAACCGUGGCAACCACGAGACCAACGACAUGAACAAGGUUUACGGCUUCGAGGGCGAGUGCAAGGCCAAGCACGGCGAGAUGACCUACCAGCUGUUUGCGGACGUCUUCACUGCGCUCCCCCUCGCGACGUUGUUGAGCGCCGGCUUGCCGCCGUCGAGCCUCAAGUCGGAGGGCUCCAAGCCUGCGAUCCUUGGCCCUCAGGGCAAUAAGCGCUACUUUGUCGUGCACGGCGGCCCUCCCGUCAGCAAGGACGGCGUGCUGCUGGAGGAGAUUGCUGCGAUCGACCGCUACGGGCGCCAGCCAGGCCAGGAGGGUCUGAUGUGCGAGCUCCUCUGGACCGAUCCCCAGGAUAUGCCUGGCCGCGGUCCGUCAAAGCGUGGUGUUGGCCUCGGUUUUGGUCCCGACGUGACGAGGAGGUGGUGCGAACUGAACAAGGUUACUGCCGUCAUCCGGUCGCACGAGGUUCGACAGGACGGUUACGCGAUCGAGCACGAUGGGCUGUGCAUCACGACGUUCUCGUGCCCCAACUACUGCGACUCGACUGGCAACCAGGCGGCGUACGUGCACAUGGAGGCCGACGGGCAGCUGUCGUACCACCAGUUUGCAGCUGUGCCUCACCCCGACAUUCGGCCGAUGGCAUACAGCUCUGGCUUCAACAUGAUGGGGCUGUGA